CUCGCCGCGUACCGCGUACAGCCGCCAGCAGCUACCGUUCACCGCCUCACAGUCCGCCACCGUCGCUCGUUGCGUGAGCACACGUGGACGAUAUCAUAGUCAGAUCGCACGCGUUGCGUCUAUUUCGUUUAUCGCUGAGAGUGAGCCCGAUCUUUCGUGCGUAAGUUGACACGAGAACGGAUUAUCUCGUUGCAUUUUCGGAUAUUUGUGAGUUUGCAAUUCGCGAGCUCGUAAGCAAAAUUCUCUGUACUUUAAACCGGAGAAUUCUUUUUCACAGCAAGAUCGAGUCGAUCGCGAUACUCGAUUCUGGUAUCUAUAGAGAAGCAUCAUUCAAUGCGCAUUAUUUAAGGAUAUCGAUAUAAACGGAACGUUAUUUCACCACUCGAGUAUUUGUGAAUAAGUGCAUUUCGAUUGUUUAUCGACGUUACUCGGGGUGUACAUUGUGAGACUUUUGAGAGGAAUUGGAUAAUAAUCAACGACGAAUACACGAGUCACCAACGGCUGUUACGCUCGCGGGUGACAAGUGGUUCGGUGACGCGUGGUUAACCACGUGGCGCGGUGUGCGCGCCGGUGUGUACAGCCGCCCGUGAGUGGUGUGACUUUCGCAGAACUUUCCUUCUCUGGACGUAUUUGGCGCGCCAAACUAUCGGAUCGCGCGUGCAUACGAUGGACAAAUGACAGAGGUCGUUGGUCUUCGAUGGUGUCGCGUUGUGAAUGAGUGCACUUUGCGAUUCCAAGCGAUUUGAUCGCUAAGAGAACUCUGCCUUGUCACGUAUUUGAAUUACACGAGACUCUUGACCGACGCGAUCUCUCGAGACCUUCGAGGGCAUGGUACAACAGUGAUUAGUCUACAAUAUAUCAUCGCUAGUGGCAACAACAGUCACGAGGGAAGCAAUAAUCUGGUGGAUAGUUUGGUCUCGCUGUCGCAGGCCGCCGCGAAAUGCUUAGAGCCUUAGUCGGCCAAUCACGUAGGGUGCUGCUGCGAUCGGAGCUGAAGGCCGUCGCGGCCUGUUAAAAUGACCGCGCGUCUACACUCGCUGAGGCAUCAGGAGAAGAAAUCAGCCGGCAACAACCACAGACAGCAUCACCAGCAUCAACAGGCCGUGCAUCAGGGUCCGAGCCCGGCACCGAGCCCCAGUCCCAGCCUCAGCCCGAGCCCGAGCCCGAAACACUCGGACGGACGAAGAGCUAACAAACCACUAAUGGAAAAACGACGGCGAGCAAGAAUUAAUCAAUCCUUAGCGGCGCUAAAGGCGCUCAUUCUCGACAGCGCCCGCCUAGAGAACACCAAGCAUAGCAAACUCGAGAAAGCCGAUAUUUUGGAGCUUACGGUCAGGCAUUUGCAGCGACAGAGAUCGCUUGCUCAGCCCGGCCUGUCCAGGUACAAGGCAGGAUAUCAGGACUGCUCAAGAGAGGUGAGCCGCUAUCUGGAUGCACCGGACAUCAUUACGGGUAACACGACGCCGAUGGAUCCGGCUGUGAAGCAGCGGUUGCUGCGCCACUUGGAUAGCUGCGUUUCGGAGCUGGACCUGGAUCUGGGCUCACGGCCCGAUAGUGGUCUGGGUAGUAGUCCGGGUAGCGUGACAGAUCGUGUAGUAGGAGCGACGAGUCCGAGCCCAAUGGAUCAUCACGUACCGGUUGGACCGCACUGUAGCGCUGCCGCGCUCACGCCGGCCGGCCUAAUCAAGUCGGAAAUUCCGGAUAUGGUCGAGGCUACCCGGCCCGACAGCAGCACCACCGCCGGCGAUGAAAACAAUAACAGCAGUCGACCGACAUCCGCCUUCAGUCAGGUGAACCCGGCGACGUUGGACCCGCACCAUCCGCAUCAUCCGUCUGGCAUACCGGUUGAUCAGGCCUCUACGUCACAGCAGAAUCCCAACAACAUGCUCUCCGUGGUACAGGUUAUACCUUCCCGAUUGCCGGACGGUCAGGUGGUCUUCUUGUUGCCAAGCCACUACGUACAACUGGCGGCGGCAGCCGCGGCGAACGGCAUCAGCAUUGGGCCGAAUCCACCCACGGCGAUCUGGGCAGCGACUAACAUGUCGUUGCUUAAGGCCACCGACAAAUUGGCGAAACGACCGCAUGACGAUAUCGGUCAGGAGUGGCAGGAUCCUACUGGCGGCCUCAAACCCAGUAAGAGCCCAAGAAUGGAACAGCCGGAGCAGCCACUCGACUUCACCACCACAUCAAAGAAAAUGAAGAUUGCCAGUUCGAGAAGCUCGUCCGUUCACUCUGGCGUCGUCGAUCACCAUCAUCAUCUACGACAACAGCAAGUUUCGACCCGUUUGCCGACCGAAUCUGCCGGCGGUCCCAUCGUUCACGAGGACAGAUCUUCUAGUCACGCGGACGACGAGGUCGCCAUUGGCAUACCGUCCCCGUCGCCCGUCGGUCAGCAACCCGUCAAGGAUGAGGAGGGCAUGUGGAGACCUUGGUAAAGGGCCGUCCAUAUAACGACCCUCUGUCUCUGUAAAUAGAAAUGUAUCUUGUGGGACAGAAUACUCGCAAAACCGAAAAUCGUAGCGGUGCGCGACUGCGUCGUCUAUUGCGGAAAUCUUUCUUGGUAGGGUAAGAUUGUGUGUAUAUAUGUGUGGGUGUGUGUGUGCGUGUGUGCGUGCGUGCGUGCGUGCGUGUGUGUGUGUGUGUACACAUACAUAUAUACAUAUAUUUUCUCUCUCUCUCUCUCUCUCUCUCUCUCUCUCUCUCUCUCUUUAGUAUAAAAGUUAUAGGGGUAAGAUGGCCACAAAUUGAAUAGCUUAUGAAAUAUUUUAUUUGAUAUCAUUUUAUAUAAAUUAUAUUAAUUUUAAUUUUACAUAAAUAUUAUUUAAUUUUACAAAAAUAUUUAUUUUUCGAUUAUCUUAUCUUAAUACUUAUACAAAAUAAUGAGAAAUUAGAGGAAUUGAUUUAUAUAACAAAAUUAAAGUGGUUCUAUUUAUAAAAAAAAACUAGGUUGAUCUUUACAUGAUCCUGAAAAAUGAUCUCAAUUAAAAUACAAGAUUAUCAAUCGUUUCUUCAAAAUUCCUUAUAAAUUUUAUCUGAAACAUUUUUUUAUGCAACAACUUCAAGUUUCGAAGAAAAAACACCUUGUAAUACUUUAUAUGAAACAUCCUGUAUAUAUUCAUGUAGAUGAUCUUAGAUUAUUUGAAAAAAUAAUUUUGCUAUUGAUUAGAAAUUUCUGAUGUAAAAAAAUCAAUCUUUUGCGAGCAAUUUUAUAAAAUAGCUUAUAUAAUUAUAGAAAAAUAGGAAGUGUGUACACACACACACACACACACACACACACACACACACACAAAAUCACAAUGUCUUUACAGAUCUCAAAGCAAUCAACUAUUUCACGGAACACACAAACAAUUAGACUUUAUAAAUCCAUGAAUUUAUAUAACAAUGGAUGCAUCAUUAUAUCUGUAAUUUAUAAAUUCAAAUUUAAAAAAUCUAAAAUUUUGCCAAAAUAGAUAGUUAUUUUAAGAACAUUUUGUAUAUUUUUUUACGUACCUCUGCAAAGUAUUUAUGAAUUCAUAUGUAUCAAGAGAGAAAGAGAGAGACAGAGAGAUAGAAUGCGUGUGGGUGUUCUCCCCACUCCUAUAUAUAUAUAUAUAUUAUUCCACCGACCUGCAGUUUCGUUUUCGAGGCGAAAAAAUUACGAUUAACUUUUUUUCGUCGCACCUUGUUCAUGUGGAAACGAGUACACGAAAAAGGCGUAUGCGCAUUCUCGCCUAAUAAUUCGCGCUCUCGCGUGCGUGACGUCAAUGGUAUGCGCGUCGUUUCUUGCGACGGUGUUAAUGAAGCCUUUAAUUUGCAUCACGCUUAAAAAUGCCGCAACUGCUAAAAUCGCUACAAUGCCGUUCGAAUAAUGCGUUCGACGCGUUGUGUAUUGCGAGAUUUUCACGUCGCGAUGACGUUAUCUGAGUGACGAUAGCAACGAGAGUCAUAAUGCAGAACGACUUAAAAAAUAAAAUACACCGUAUUUAUUUUUAAAGGCUAUAUAGAAAAGCAUGCAGAAAGAUAAGACGAAAAUGUAUUAAUUUCCAUUCAACUAUUCUAGUUUCAUUAAAUAGAACUUUCCACUCUUUUCACAUUAUCGAAAAGAAACUGUUUUAGCCAAAUACGGAAAUUUGUUAUUCAUUUUAUUUCAAUUUGUACUUGCAUCUUUUCUUUUGAUUUUUUUUUUAAUUACUUUGGAUUACUUUUUACUUCUUUGUCGAAAAAUCGACACAAAAGAAGCAAGAACGGAAACUACUCGCAGCUAGAUGCGAAUUUGAAUUCAUACAGCACAUAACAGUGCAACAACAUUGCGGUAAUAUUGCAAUGUUAUUAUAAUGUUGUUGUAUUCUGUGUUGUAUGGAGAAAAAUGCCAAAGCAGCGUAUAUAUGCGAGACAGAAUUGUAAGAUAUAUAGAUGUCUAACGAAAAUUUCUGCAAUUUUCCUCUCAAGAUAAUGAGGGAGCGGCCCCAGUUUCCCUUAACGGAAGCGGUUGAUCCCGUGAUCCUGCGCCGUUAUGCGAACGACAAAGAAAAUAGUUUUGACGUAGUUGCGCAUUAUAAAAUAAUUGUAUGUAUGUAAAUGAUGAAAUAAUUAAUUUACGAUUAUCAGGGAAGAAAGUGAAAGAAAGAGCAGUAAGCGUGCAAGAGAAAGAGUGCGUGCAUUUUAGUCCGUCAUUCGUGUACAUAGCCUCUCGAUAAUUAUUGCUCUAUUUGCGAAAUAUAGAUUUAUUUUGAUGUUAUCUAGGUGUAUAUGGCGAGAGAAAGAAAAAGAUAAGUAUGUAUGUGAAGGCGCGAUUAAUAAUCGCGGCUCAACGUAGCGAAGAAUCACCAUCUAAUUUACGUCUGUAAUUGCUAAAUACCCUGGAAUUCGAAUUCCUUAUUCAAUGUACUUAGACGAGCAGUCAAUAUAGAUAUAUAUAUUGAACUGUA